AUGCUCGAUGAUCCCUCUUCAAAGGCCUACCUCCGCGAACGAAAGUGGUCGAUCAAAUCUCAGGCUCGACCGCCUUCGAUUGGGCGCCUAACCCACCUGCGACAAGGUCACAUCGUUUGCCCUUGGGUUCGAUCGUUCGUCCUUACGUUUUGGCCAGUUGCCCCGGACGGUGGAGCUCUCGAGAAGAACUACGCAGGCAUAACCAACCCCACGGCAACGCCGCCCCUUGUCUUCACAACUGAGAUCAUCAAAAUGAUGGCCGAGAUAUCUGCACUCACUGAUGUCUAUUGGUACAUGGGUGUGCCGUUCAAUGACACUCAGCAUUGGCGCUUGCAGAUCGCUGAAGUCGGAGAGGCGAUGCUCGGAAAUUAUCUGAUUGGUCUACAGGUCAGGGAAUUCGCGCUCGUUCGUUUGUCCUUGCGUUCCCUCGUUUGUCCCCGCGUCCGCUCGUUUACCCUUGCUUGUCCCCGCGUUCCCUCGUUUGCCCUUGCGUUCCCUCGUUUGUCCGUAUUUUCUUUUCGCGUUCCUUCGAAGUCUGGCAAUAGCAAUGAUAAGGCGCGUCAGGAGGAUAGCGACGACGAAGAAGACGAAGAAGAUUUAACCCAGGAGGAGCACAACGAGGAAGAGGAACAACGCUUCGAGGAACUCAAUGGCGAGGCCAUUCGCCAGCGCCUCGAGCAGAAGCGCAAUACCUUUGGUAUUAAUUUCAUUAUCGGUCACAUAUAUGCAUCGCAGUUCUUCCUGCGAGGCACCCAGCUAUCGCAGCUUUCUGAGGAAUAUGACGCUUGCCUUGAUAAUAUCAACCAGACCAAGAAGGUGUUACACCAGAAAAAGCAAGUUCCCCCUGACCUACGCGCUGCAUUCAAAGAGGCUAGCGUGCGCUUUGAAGAAGCAAGCAAGGCAAGAGAGCAGCGCUGCAAGGUUGAUGAGCUCAAGAAGGAGCUUGCCUGGGCUCACGUCGCAGCGACGCAAGCGGAAAUGGAGGCAAAGCUUGAGGAAGUUGCGAAGGCGGAACGCCGCUUGCGCAAGAUCGAGGCUGAGAUGAAGACAGCCGAGUCCCAAUUCCAGCUUGCCUCCGAUGCUGUAGAACAAUUCGAUAAAGCGGAUUCCGCACUUGGCGAUAUUGAUCACCUCACCAAGCAGCGCGACGAUCUACAGGAGAAAAUGCGCGGCAACCGAGUGAAGAUAGGAAACUUCAAGGUCUAUAUACCUAUUCUUCUGCUUUACUUGUCUGACAUGAUUGUCUUUUCAUAG